UUAACAAACUAGACACACAGACUUAACGAUUUGAGUUAGACUAAGUUUGGUCAUGCAACAAUCGUGCGACAAGAAUAUUGUUUAGUUCAAAAUGCGGAGAAGAGAAAGAUUAUCUUGUGCUGUGGGAAACAUAUUCAACGACAUCGUCCGACAGCUGUUGACAUCCUUCCAAAUCCUGUUUUUGCUAAAAGUAGUAGAGCUUCCAGCUUCGCAAGUGGCAACAAUAUUAAUCGCUAGCCUAUUAUCGGAAGGUGUUUUCUCAGUGCUAAACGGUUACCUCGGUGAUCGUAUCAAUAUUCCUUUCAUUUCAAGAAAAAUCGGAAGGCGUAAAUCUUGGCACCUUAUGGCAACAUGCUUGAUGGCAAUCAGUCUCCCUCUUUUGUUCAAUCGUUGCCUUCUUUGUGAUGGCAGAGCGCAGACCUGGCUUCCAGCUUUUUAUUACAGUUUUUUGGGGGUAUUGAAAGGGCUGUCCUACAACAUGGUAGAGGUCAAUCAUCUGGCCUUCAUCACAACUGUUGCUAAAAAUGUGGAGGAGGCGACAGCGCUGAGCACCCUGAGGACUUUGUUCACCUUUCUAAGUGGAUUUUACGCGUAUACCGUCGCCUGGGUCCUUCUCCAACAGGACAAUGAAGAUGGUGUGGGACCGAAAGACAAUAUCGUUUUUGCGAAAAUAUCAUGGAUUGCAACAGGGACUGGUCUCAUGUUUGCAGUCAUUUUUUACACCAGCCCAAAAGAGCCAGAGAAACGUUUUAGAAGACGUAGCACGUUUUUAGAUUUAACGAAUGUUCCUGUGAUGUUCACGCCGUUGUCUGAAGACGAUCAAAACCCUAGAAAGAACAGUAUUUCCCAUCUAUUCGUUAACUCAAUCAUGGCUUCAUCAAGUUUCGAACAAAUUGAGCGCGAGGGUGGAAACGAAAAUCCAAGUCGUUCAUCGUACGAGAGAAAGAGAAGUAUGGUACAGAGGUUUUUGCACGCUGUCUUCGAUGAAGAUGAAAGUAACGCUGACAAAAAUCAGUUGGAAAAUGAUGUUGCAAAAACAAGUGAAAUUUCACCGGACCUGGACAUAAACGCGUGCAUAGCCGCACGAGUAAAAAAUUUAGAUCGUGGUCGUAAAAAGAGUCUUGUCGUGCGUGUGUUUGAUGGGAUCCUUGCUAGGAUGGAGAACGACCAGCCCAAGGAAUGUGAAGACCAACCUGUGUCAGAUAAUGUGGAUGCAGAUGUAAAUGGCAAAGUAACAUUGAAGGAUUCAGAAAGUGAAUGGAAAUUUGAAGAUGGCGAGAAAUUGGAUUUUGACAUAAAUAAAGACUACGAAGAUGAGGAGCAAGGAGAUUAUCAAAAAGAUCAGACUAAAGGAAUCGUAGAAAGUUCUGUUUUGACUGCGCCUAAGUCUAGAAGACAUGGAGUCACUUUAAUGCCACAUAUGAAACAACUAAGUAUGAGUCAUUUGGCUCAUGAAGAUGAUGAUAAAUGCAAGAAGGCUGACGGGUGCGUAAGCGAUACUUCACGACAUCCCAGGGCACUGAAAAAAUCUGUGGCUUUCAUGUUACCCGAAUCUCCUGUCUUGAAUGAAAAACAGCUGGAAUUGAACCCGAUUGAGUCGGACAAGACGCAGACUACAACUGCGUUUGAAAGAAGUCAAGACCAUCCUGAGACACAUGGAACAGAAAAUAAAGGAUUUGAACCAUGCGAGGAAGUUGAUGAAGAAGAGAAUGGCGGAACGACAGAUCUACCUGUUCCAUGCAAGACUCCACGUGAGAGGAAACGUUCAAAGACACUUAAAGAUUGGUUAAAAGAUCCAAACUUAUACAAGGUGGCCGCUAUCUUCACAUUCUGUCGUCUCGCUCAAGGCUCAGUCUAUGCUUUUAUGGCACUUUAUCUUAUAGAAAAAUUAGAGUUUCCAAAGGAAGCGAGCGCCUAUUUUCCUCUUGUUCUUCUAACGGGUGCGACUUCUUCAAGCUUCAUUUGCGGCAAACUAAUCAGGAAGAUAGGAAGCAAGUGGAGCUUUGUACUGGCGGGUUCUGUUGUGAUGGCCGGUGCUGUUUGGAGUUAUUUUCAAACUCCCGCCACCCGUCAACUAACGUAUGUACCCGUGGCAAUGAUAGGAAGUGGUCUGUCAGUUAUGUACGUCAUGGCACUGGCUUUCAUUGCUGAACUGCUAGGUGAAGAUAAGGAAAGCAGUGGAUCAGUGAUUUCCAUUAUCAACAUGAUCGCUGCAGUGUCAACGAGUCUCCUUGCUUUUGCUCUUCAGAGAUUGUACCCAGAUAAUGAAACCAGCUCACAAGAGGAGAUUGGUGAUUAUGUGAGGGAUGCCUUUGCGAUGGCCUCUGGCAUACCGACUCUUAUGGGAGUCCUGGUGGUUUUGCUUUUCCAGCCUUCACGGUUUACUUGCAAAUCUAAAGCUCUACGGGAUGUCGAGGCCCAGGAUGAUGACCGUGUUUCACAGUGUUCAUCGGAAGCUUCACGUCAUAAUGUCGAGGCCGAAGCAGAUCAGUGCGUUUCACAACAGUCACCUAAAGCUGAAGGGACGUCAAUAAAACCGAGCGUUAACUUGGAUAAAACUCAGAAUCCCAUGAUGGUUGCGAUUUCUUCUUCUCAGGAUACAAAACUGUAAAAACAGUUCUCUGUAAUCAACAAUGAAGCGCUGUAAUACUGCAAUAGUGUGUUAUUUUAACUGAUUUCCACAUAUCACUGAGAAAGUGAUUAUAAACUGUUUAUAAUUAUUUUCUUGCACUGAGAAUUACAUGGAUGUUGCAGCGGCUUUCUGCUAUCAGCCCAGCCUAGUUAACCAGACUAGUGGCGUAAUUGAUC